UGUACUGAAACACUGUCCCGUAAGCAUCCAGGCCGACCCCGGCUGACCCGAUAUGGGUUCACGGGUGCAGGCGGCCGUGUGACUCGACGCCCGCGAGCCCGGCUGCAUAAGGCCGAGGAGAGGGGACGGCGGCGGGAGACCCCGGAAAGGCAGGGGCUCCGGAUUGGACGCACCAUCGGUCCGUCUCCGGGUCCGCGUUCGCGCGGCGCCGCGGCUUUUCUUGAAAAGCAGAGGCGGACUGAAUGGAGACGCUGUUGCCUCCUGGGAACAACAUCCUGGUGCUGUUCGGGUGUGUGAAGCAGAACUCCAGCAUCAGUGAUUUUGUUGCCAGGGGGAGGACCAAAUCAGCAGAGACGGCUGGAAGUUCACAUGAUGACAGGAAAUUCAGUGGCUUGAACACGAGUGUCUGCAGAGACGCUGACAGCAGCAAGAAUUAAUGUAUGAAAAACUAUCACAUCAUAUAAUCAAAGUGCUGAAGGACUGUCGGUUUACUCAUGAUUUUCUUUCUUCUUUUUUUACUUGUUUUUCCACUUUUGGGCUCCAGAGGGCGCUAACAGUCACCUCGGGGUAUUCUACUGGGUGUGGUGGAAGAUUUUAAUGAACUUAAAUCUGACUCCUUAAUUCAGGAUAAACUGAUGGAAGAAACUGGGAUUGGAUCCAGUGGGCUAAAGCGAGGUUUAAUUUCCCCAGAAAAUGUAGAAAUGUUGUGAAAUGCUCUGACAUUGUAACAGAAGCUGAUUGUAAGCAUUUACACUGUUCAUCAUCAUGAUUUCCAGUAUUUUCAUCUGAUUUCUAGUAACUUGCUCACAGUGAAAACCAUUUCAGUCACGAUGUGAACCCAGACUGUGGCGUCUCCGUCAGUGAGGCGGCUGUGUUCCGUUACGCUGGAUCAGUAUCGAUCUGCGUCCUGGACGGUGCUGCAGCAGGAAGGCCGGGAGCCUCCAGGGAGCGACUGCAUCCGCGAGCCGUUCGCCCUCUCUGCGUCCUCCCCGUCCUCCCCCGUCCCUCCUUCCUCUCCGCCGUCCUCUCUCCUCCACGUCCCUCCUGACCCGUCUGACCUCUGGCACGCUCCCCCCUCUCCCUGCUCUGCCUCUUCGGAGAGGCUUUCCACACAGGAUGCAAGAGUUGGAGUACUUUACGGGUGGAGCUGCUCUGGUGAUUUCAGUGGGCGGCUUGACCUGGCUCCCCCACCGGAGAGGCUCGGACAGAGGGACAAAGAAAAGGGGGGAAGAGCGCCGUCUGCGGCUGUCCCCGGGCCAGAUGGCUGAGGCUGGGGAGGACAGGCGUCCAGCGGCGUGUGUCUGUGCUCUCCAUCAUGGAGGAGGCCAGGCUCUCCAGUCACUCAGGCCCAGUAACCGAAGACCACGUCUGGCGGCAGGCUCGCCGUCUCGCUGUCUUCCAGAGGAGCUGUUCCAACCAUCCACAUGCUCCUCUUCAGAUCCGUUUAUCACCGACGUCCCAAAGGAAACCACCUGGAUGAAAUUCACCCUGAACCUGUCGGAGAGUUCCAUCCCAGUGAUGCUGAACCAGGAUGUAACAGCAGAAAGUCUCUGCAGGAGGUUUAUCGUCUUCUGUCAUGAUCAGACGCCAGUGCAGCUCUGCAGUGAGGUUCAGGACUGCAGGGCGCUGACGGUCCGCCCGGACUGGCCCUCCAGAGACAGCCUGUCAGUGGACUUCAGAGACCCGACCGCCCAGUGGAGUCCUGGUCCCGGCCCCGGCUCUGGGGAGGAGCCCGGCGAAGCAGGCGCCACACAGAACGGGAACACCCCCAGUCCCAGAGGCCUGCUGAGGUCCCCCCAGGACGGCGGCCCCCCAGGAGCGUCCGGCAGCGCGGCGAAACUGAGGAAGAGCGUCUCCUUCGACGACGACGUGAUGGUCUACCUGUUCGACCAGGAGAGGCCGACUCUGGACCUGCAGUCUGAACCCUGCACGUCUCCGUCCAGCAACUAUUCCUGCAGCCUGCCGGGGUUCACGGUAAACGACAACGGUCUGGAGUGGGAGGACGACUUCUCGGCUUUAGAGCAGAGCCGCCAUGUGCGGUGCGCCGGGCCUCCGCGGCGCCGCCGCAGCCUCUCCCCGCCGACUCGGAGCGGCGCCGCCCUGCAGACACCCGAGCGCCGCUGUCCGGCCCAGCGCUGCCUGUUCCUCACCUAUGUCACCGAGACAGACCUUGAGCUGUGAGAUAAAAGGGAUCGGAGCCGCUCUGAGACCCCGGCGAGGGACCGGAGGAGCCACGAUGAAGUCCAAAGGAAAGGCCUUGAGACCGUCCAGGAGGACCUGGUCCGACCCGGAGCCGGAGCCCGAACCAGACACGGAGGCGGAGCCGG